AUGAGCGACUAUUACCGCAGCACCAAGCGAAGGCGCUCACAGUCUCCCUCUCGCCCGGGAGGCCAGAACAUCAAUAAACCGUACCGGGAGCGACCGGGGCCCCAUAGCGGAGAGAAUGGAUCACAACCGCGCUGGUCGCACAAGGAGCAAAUGAGAAUAAACCAGCUGCAGGAAGAUGAUCGGAUGCGAGAGUGGGUGGCUCAGGAGGAUGAUUUUGUACUCAAGCAGGCUAAAAAGAAGGCAGCGAUCCGGGUCAAGGAAGGUCGGGCAAAACCAAUAGACUGGCUCGCAGUCACCCUCCGUGUCGUCGAUCCCACGAAAGAUCCUCUGGAUGACGAACUAGAAGAGAAGGACUUGGAUUUCGUGGACCCCGACAGCGUCUUCGAUGGACUUUCCGAAUCCGAGUUUUCAGAUCUGCGCAAGGAUAUCGAUACAUACCUCAAUCUGGAAACGAACAGAAACAACAGAGAAUAUUGGCGUACAAUGCAGAUCAUCUGUAAGGAUAGGCAGAGGAAGUUGCGAAACUCGGGGCUGGAAGGAAGGGCAGUAAGCUCGGUCGCCGCCGAUAUUGACGGUCUCUUGUCUCCCAAGACCUUCGAGCAGCUUGAGGUUCUGGAAAGACAGAUUCGAAACAAACUCGACUCGAACGAACCAAUUGAUACAGACUACUGGCAGCAAUUGCUUGAUAGUUUGCUUGUUUGGAAGGCAAAGGCGAAGAUCAAGAGGGUGUAUCAAGAUGUUCUUGAUUCGAGGCUGAAUCAGCUGCGACAAGAGAACGAACAAAAGGCGUUACAGGUCCAGUCCAGAUUCUCUGGGUCUGAGGCGCACAAUCGGGAUGCCAUCAACUACUCUAGAGAAUUCGAUCCUGAACCGUUUCUGGAACUUUCGACCAAGGACAAAUCACUUGACCUGAUGAACGAAUCUAGUUUCCUGAGGCAGGUCGCAACAGCUAGGCGGAAGAUAUUAAAGAUGGGAUAUGUGCCAGAACUUACAAGCUCUAUACCGACAGUCGCAAGCUAUUCACGGCCGUCGAGGCAGGCUCUGACUGCCGACCCCACAGCACGCUUCGCCACAUCUGCAGAGGACGUGUCUUCAACGACCAAAGCUCUUUUCGACCGAGAAGUGGCGAAAGGUGUAAAUGAAGACGAGGAGGUUUUCACCGGCGAAGAAGAAGUCACCACAUCGGACACUCAAGCACUAUGGAUGGGUAAAUACCGACCUCGAAAGCCGAAGUACUUCAACCGUGUCCAGAUGGGCUACGAAUGGAAUAAAUACAACCAAACUCACUACGACCACGACAACCAGCCUCCUAAGGUCGUCCAAGGCUAUAAAUUCCACAUUUUCUACCCGGACCUCAUCGACCUCACCAAGGCCCCGACCUACAAAAUCAUCCGGGAGGGAGGACGGAAGAAAGGUCAAACCAUGGCACCGGCGGGGGAGGAAGACACCUGCAUCAUCCGUUUUAUGGCAGGGCCGCCGUAUGAGGAUGUGGCCUUCCGCAUUGUGGACCGAGACUGGGAUUACUCGGCGAAGCAUGACCGAGGAUUCAAGAGUAGCUUUGACCGAGGCAUCCUCACGCUGCACUUUACCUUCAAGCGGAUCCUGUAUCGCAAGUAG